AUGGAAAGCCAACCGUCACCCUCGGCCCCUGCAAAGUUCCCGAUUUCAGUGGGAAAAUGCUACGCGCAAACCGCCAACGAGCGGGUCUCUGCGGCUGACACAAACUGCUUUGCGCCUGAUCAGUUUGGCGAUGGGGCCAGAGCUGCCAUCCGCCAGCGCGAACGGUUGUCCCUAGGCUUGCACCCCACCGACGCCGAAAUCCCCUUUACGUGGCCUUCCGAAGAUGAUGAGAACCAGGCCGGCCCUGAAUCCUCCAUCUAUAGACUUGUACCGAGCAUGCAGAGCUACAGGAACAACCUUACGGCUCUCUCUCAAGUGUGCAAUCUCUACUUUGUCGCCUACCAAGGCCACAUAUUCGUCUACAAACCCCGCGGAGUACCGCAUCAAUCGCUUCCUUGCCACCCCGAUCUUCAGCUCAAGCCCGAACCGAGCCCCUACUCCCGUUCGGUCGGAGGAUAUCUCGACCCGAGAAGACCUCAUCUGAUCAACCAUAUUAUCACUGGGCUACUUGGGCACGACGAGAUUGUGCUUGCGUGCUACGAUGACGGCGACGUGGUUGCGUACUACACGAAGAAUAUUGGCAGAUACGUCUUUGGAGGCCGUGAAACUACUGGCUCGUCGCACAGAGCUACACCAAGGCCCUUCUUCCGUGAGAAUGUCGGCAUGUCUGCAUGGGGGUUGGCUAUACAUCAAAAGUCCCGCCUCAUUGCUGUCAGCUCGAACCGUCACGAGGUAGUUGUGUUUGCCUUGGCGUUGACAUCAGACCCUUUCAGGCGGAAAGAAGCCCCCUCAGAUUCCCAGGGACCUAAAAAGCCAGAAAAGAAGACCGGUCAUCGGCGAAACCGCAAUUGGAGGAUCGUCAUUAUAAUGGGCAGCGACGCGGAUAAUAUGCCCAACAUUUGUUUUGUGGAUGACUUUGAAGGCCAGGCCCAGAAGGUAUGUGCAAUUGAUAUCAAGGGAACCGUCUGGCUGGCGGAUAUCUGGCAAGCCCACCAAGGCCCGGUGGCCAUCCAAGCCCUCAGUCAGCUCAAGAGCGAGGAAUUCUAUCCUUCCCCUACUAGAGGCUGGGGAGUACUCGCCUUGGACGACAGUUGCUUCAUGAAAGUACGGACUAGCGAGGAGCUGUUUGGCCUUCAUACGAGCCAAGUCGAAGUUAUCCGCGCAUCUAAUGGGUGCAGCCACCCGUUGGUCAAUGUGAAGAAUGCCAUCAACAAGAUCCCAAACAACCCGCAUCGAAGGGCAGCACAGCCUGUCAUGGCUCAGGCUCACCCUCAUAUGCUGCAACUGCCGUUCGGCUUUCAAGGACCUGGCGCUCUCUUGGACAGUGAAGAAAGCGGCGGCGAAAGCGCAGAUGAAGACGAUUUUGAAGAUACGGAGGUUGGAAGCGAAGAGGAGGAGGAUGAUGGAGACGACAUAGAGGACGACAACCAUCAGGAUAUUCUUGGCGCCGAAGCCUUCGCCAUAAUUCCUGCAGGCGGGACGUUCCCGGCAGGCACGGUAGAGCACGCUCUGGUUGCCCCCUUCACGCCACACGACUCGUUCGAUACGCUCAACGCAUUCCUGGACGACUUUGAUGGCAAGAUCUGUGAGGAUGGGACCAACUCAGACGAGGAGAUUCUUCCCAGAAAGGCCGACAUGACUUAUUUCCCCCACAGCGGCGAAAUACUCGAGACACCUCGACAAGAAUCCCGGAUGAUAGGUUUCCUGAAGCGACCACCUUGCGGCAACCACAAUCGACAAGAACCAGAAGCCCGGCUGGCGGGACUUAAACGCAAGUUCUUUUUGUUACGGACGUACGAAAAGGAUAUUGAGAUGCGGCCAUUCUCUCGGACGUCGGACUGGGACCGCCGAGUGGAGUUUGGUGUUGUCUGCCCAGACGCAUUGAGGUUUGGCAGGUUCAAGGAGGUAGGGCUCGUGGCACACUUCCAUGCAACGGGUAGACUCAACAUGAUUGCGCUGGCGCCAGAGCUCUCCCUGGUGGUGAUUGGGUCACCGAUUGGGCGGGUGGUGCUCCUGACACUGACACGCAAGGCUGUGCCGUCAGAGCGUGAGGAAGGAAUCUGGGAACACGGGUUCCGAGUAGAGUGGGUGUUGCCGACACAGUCAGAUGAGGAGGAGCACAGGAGGGUGCUUCGGCCGAUGCACGGCAUGGCCCUGAGCCCAAUCCAAACGGGUGAGGGAGAUGGAAACGGGCUAACAGGAGGGCCCGGGCUGCCACGGCGGUAUCGGUUGAUGCUUCACUAUCGAAACCACGACAUCUUGUCGUAUGAGUUGACGCGGAACGAGCAAACGGGAAAGCUUUGCAUAUAUUGA